AUGUCAGCGUCUCUUGCAGCAAUAUUAGGAGGUGCUGCAGGAGCCGUGACUUUGGUGGGGAUAACUAUCAUACUCAUAUGGUUCUGUCUAUCUCACAAUAGGAGUGUAUCCAGAACUUCUGAAACAGGUUCUUCUGAUCCAUCUGUUCAAGUGGGAAGACAUGCUGGGGUUGAGUUGUCAAUGCGAGAAACAAGGCGUUUUCAGAUGGAAGAAUUGUCUCUGGCCACAAAAAAUUUCAGUGAUACAAACUUGAUUGGGGAAGGAAAAUUUGGGGAGGUAUACAUGGGUUUUCUUCAAGAUGGGAUGCUUGUAGCCAUCAAAAGGCGACCUGGAACACCUAGUCAGGAAUUUAUCAAUGAGGUACACUAUAUCUCAGCUAUUCAGCAUCGGCAUAUUGUUACUCUCUUGGGUUACUGCCAGGAAAAUAAUCUUCAGUUUCUUGUGUACGAGUAUAUUCAUAGUGGAAGUGUUUCCAGUCACCUGUAUGGCACUGGUCAGCAUUCACGUAAAAAGCUAGAAUUCAAGAACCGACUAUCAAUAGCUCUAGGGGCAGCUAAAGGUUUGGCUCAUCUUCACUCUUUGAGUCCCCGUCUGGUGCAUAAAGAUUUUAAAACAGCCAAUGUUCUUGUAGAUGAAGAUCUACUAGCUAAGGUUGCAGAUGCAGGAAUCCGCAAUUUCCUUGGAAGAGUUGAUAUUGCAGGCCCAUCUUCUCAAGUGACUGCUGAUGAGAUUUUCCUUGCUCCAGAGGUGAGAGAGUUUAGACGAUUUUCGGAGAAAAGUGACAUAUAUAGCUUUGGUGUAUUCCUUCUGGAGUUAGUAAGUGGGCGAGAAGCAGGAGAAUUGGCAGCUUCCGACUCAAACCAGAACCUGGUUGAAUGGGUGCAAAACAUCCAAGAUAAUAGCAAUGUUUCGUGCAUCAUCGAUGAGAGAUUGGGGAAUAGCUUCACAGGUGAAGCUAUGGAAGGGUUCAUACACUUGAUUAUGCGAUGUUUGGAACCUUCAAGUGAGAGGCGACCAGCCAUGAGCCAUGUGGUAAUGGAGCUAGAUCGAAUACACGAGAAAGAGAUUAGCUUGACAACAAUCAUGGGGGAAGGACCCUCCACCGUGAUCCCAGGAAGUCAGUUAUUUAGAGCGACAAAAUAA